AUGUUGUCAACUUCUGCUGUGGCGGUAAUUCUGGCUUUUUGCGCCAAUCGCGCAUCUAGCUGGGUCAUCGGCAAAGAGCAGACAGAGACCCAUCCGAAGAUGACCUGGCAGCGCUGCACAGGCAAAGGCGGUAGUAGCUGUACCAACGUCAAUGGAGAAAUUGUCAUCGACGCCAACUGGCGAUGGCUCCAUUCUGUGAAUGGAUACACCAACUGCUUCGAUGGAAACGAGUGGAACACCACCGCUUGUCCAGACAACGCAGCCUGUACAAAGAACUGUGCCAUCGAGGGUUCGGAUUACCGUGGUACAUAUGGCAUCACGACUUCGGGUAACUCUCUUACUCUCAAGUUCAUCACCAAGGGCCAGUACUCCACCAACAUUGGAUCGCGCACUUAUCUCAUGAAGGAUGCAAACAAUUACGAGAUGUUCAACCUUAUCGGGAAUGAGUUCACCUUCGACGUGGAUCUCUCGCAGCUGCCAUGCGGCCUCAACGGAGCCUUGUACUUCGUAUCCAUGCCACAGAAGGGUCAUGGAACUCCGGGCGCGAAGUACGGAACUGGAUACUGCGACGCUCAAUGUGCUCGAGACCUGAAGUACAUCGAUGGUCAAGCCAACGCAGAAGGUUGGCAAGCAUCCCAAUCUGAUCCUAAUGCCGGCAUUGGUAAGAAGGGCGCAUGCUGCACCGAGAUGGAUAUCUGGGAGGCGAACUCCAUUUCCACGGCUUUGACCCCCCAUUCUUGCCAACCCGAGGGCUACAAUGUCUGUACAGACGAUGAAUGUGGUGGUACGUACUCGCUCGACCGCUAUGCUGGCACCUGCGAUGCGAAUGGUUGUGACUUCAAUCCAUACCGUGUCGGUGUGAAAGACUUCUAUGGCAAGGGCAAAUCCGGGGUGGACACGUCGAAGAAGAUGACAGUGGUCACGCAGUUCUUGGGUUCCGGUCAACUCACUGAGAUCAAGCGUUUCUAUGUGCAGAACGGCAAGGUCAUUAGCAACCCCGAACCAACAAUUCCUGGCAUGAAAGGCAAUUCCAUCACCCAGGAAUGGUGCAACACGCAAAAGGAAGUUUUCCAAGAGGAGAUCUACCCCUUCAACGAGUUCGGUGGCAUGGCAUCCAUGGGUAGGGGUAUGAAUUUGGGUAUGGUACUCGUAAUGAGUCUCUGGGACGAUCACUACGCCAACAUGCUCUGGCUGGACAGUAACUACCCGACAGACCAGGAUCCGGAGAAGCCUGGUAUUGCUCGAGGCGAGUGCGCCAUCACCAGUGGCGUGCCAGCCGAUGUCGAGAGCGCCAGCCCCAACGCGCAGGUGGUCUUCUCAAACAUCAAGUUCGGACCCAUCGGUAGCACCUUUGCGCAGCCCGCAUGA